UAUAAUUGUCACAUGACACGCUUCAGCAGAGAAGUGAGUGUUGGGAGGGGGAGUGCACAAUCAUGGCUUGUGCAAAGCAAGACAUAGUUACCUAUGACCAGAGCUCAGGAGCUGAGAAAAACGUAGCUGAGGAGGAUCAGGAUACUAUCAAUGUCGCUCCUGACACAGUACUCCAGGUGGAGGGGGAGAUGUUCUUUGUGAACCGCGAGUAUUUGGCCCAGCUGAGUCCCUACUUCCGAGCCUUGUUUUUUGGCGGUGGUCGUGAGAGCACUAAGAAGCACAUUGAGAUUAAAGGAGUUGGACUGCGGCAGUUUCAGGCUCUAAUGGAGUUCACAAAGAACUUGAAGCUGAAAUUAGACUGCAAGAAUGUCCUUGAAAUUCUGGAGGCUGCUGACUUCCUCCAGUUGGACAGGGCUCGGUUACUCUGCUGCAAGUUCUUGGAAAGGCAAUUGCAUCUUAGUAACUGCUUGGGAAUGAUGGCCUAUGCUUGGCAGCUUGGCUGUCUGGACCUCUAUGCGGCAGCAAGGGAUGUCGUCUUGACCCACCUACCUGCCUUAGCCUCCGAGCAAGACUUUAUGUUCCUUCCGAAGGAAAGCAUUGCUGACCUCCUUGCUAGUGACAACUUAAGCAUUCCCAAAGAAGACCUAGCUCUUGAUGUGGCCCUUCGCUGGGCAACAUUUGACCCAAGUCGGGAAGAGGACUUCAUGGAACUGGUGGGUCUGGUCAGACCAGAGUGCUUAAGUCUUCCCUACAUUACUGAUCUUCUGUCCAAGAUAAACAGUUCAGACCCACGUGCCAAGCUCAUUUGUAGACUGAACGAUAACUUGCCCAGCAGUUGGACUAUGGGCAGGUCCAUGCCUAGAGCCCGCUCAAGAGAAACUCUGUUUGUUCUUGGGGGACCGCAUGAGCAAGAAACACAGUUGCUGUAUCAGUUUCACCCCUACAGUGGAAGAUGGCAAUCCCAUCCUUCGUUACAAAAGAAGUGUCUCACACAGUACUCUGUGGCUGCACUAGGGGAAAACAUAGUAGUGACUGGAGGCUACUUCCGGGACGUGUUAUGGUAUAGUGUGGACUGGGUGAGCAUUUAUGAGCAUGGCGACAAGCGAUGGGUGGACGGCCCGGCGAUGAAGAAGUCCAGGCACAGCCACUGCUCAGCAUCUCUGGAGUUCCAGGUGUUUGUGUUUGGCGGUAGUAUGGAUGAGGGACCUGUGGCCGACGUAGAAAGGCUGGUUUUGGGAGCCAAGGAAUGGGACACCGUAAGCCCCAUGGUGCGGGCUGUGGAAAGGGCGGCCACUGUCACUUUGGGGACUAGUAUUUAUGUGGCCUGUGGUCUAGAUGAGAAUGGUGAUGUUUACAGUGGGAUUCAGAGGUACAAGCCAGAGGUUGAUCAAUGGGACGUGGUAUCCUAUUCUCCGUUUCCACGUUAUGACCUUCUUGCAACUGAGCUCAAUGGUGCCCUCUAUCUGCUGGGAGGACAGGCUCUACGUUUAGACAUCGACACAGACGAGUGGACCGUUCUUCACGAGGACUGUCUGGACAACAAAUUCUUCACAGGCUGUGCCACUGUGAACGGGCAGAUUUACAUACUGAGUGAGAGGAAGAUAAACAAAACAUACCCAAACAUGAUUUUACUAGACCCUUACACUGACACUUGCUUGGAAAUUAAUGAUAAAAUACCCUGUCCUGUCCCCAUAAGAGGUUGUGUCACAAUGCAUGUCAGUCUUUUUUAAAGCCAUAAUGCCAAAACUAUUCUUUCAAAGUAGUAAACCAAUGCAAAAACAUUUUGUUGAGUAAAGUUGAGUAUAAUCAUAUUCUAAAACACUUUUAUUGUUAUUCAAAAGGUCACCGAAAAAAAAUAGCGGACGAGAAGCAUGUAUGCAACAUUACCAGUACUGAAGAUUACAAGAAUAUAUUCCUCUUCUGUCAUUGUUACAAGAUAUAUAACAACUACAAAAUGUUGCAUUAACAAACUCAGAACAUGGUAAAUCCCAAUAAAAAGAGGGAAAUUCAUACAAAAACAAUCACAGGUCUUUUAUAUGUUAAACAGUGUAAGACAGACGCACAGCUUUUGAAUGAAAGAUCAGUUAUGGCUACUGUGCAAAUAAACUU